AUGGCUCUAACUCUCAGAAAGAUUGGCGGCGCCUUGAUCAAUCCCAUCGGCUUUGGCGCCAUGGGUCUCAGUGACUUUUACGGGAAAGUAGACUCCGACGAGGAGCGUUUCAAGAUUCUGGAUGCCGCGUAUGAGAAAGGCUGCAGGCACUGGGACUCUGCCGACAUUUACGGGGACUCCGAACUUCUCAUUGGAAAAUGGUUCAAGCGGACGGGUAAACGAAAUGAGAUUUUCCUUACUUACAAGUUUGGCAUUACCGCGAAUGGAGGUCUGGGCGAUCCCGAGUACGUUAAACAGCAAUGCGUCAAAUCCCUUGAGCGCUUUGGAGUUGAUUACAUCGACCUUUACUAUCAGCACAGACCCGAUCGUAACGUACCAAUCGAACAUACCGUUACCGCGAUGGCUGAGCUCGUCAAGGAGGGCAAGGUGAAGUAUCUCGGCUUAGACCUUCGUAGAGCGCAUGCUAUCCAUCCAAUCUCUGCCAUUCAGGUCGAAUUUUCUCCCCUCAGCCUAGGCAUCACCGUCGUCGCGUAUUCUCCAUUGGCUAGGGGCCUCAUCACGGGUCAAUACAAGUCCCCCGAUGACUUUGAAGAAGGGGAUUUCCGGAAAUCUAUUCCCAAGUAUUCCAAGGAGAACUUUCCCAAGAUUCUUGGCCUUGUCGAACAUUUGAAAGCGAUUGCGUCGAAGCAUGACGCGACACCUGGUCAGGUCACUCUUGCUUGGAUCCUUGCACAAGGCGGUGAUUUUUUUGUUAUUCCUGGGACGAAGAAGAUCAAGUAUCUGGAAGAAAACCUGGGAGCAGCUAAGGUCAAGCUCAUUCAAGAUGAGGUUGCUGCUAUCCGUAAACUCUCGGAGGAAAGUGAUGUUCCUGGAUCGAGGUAUUCAGCAGCCUGGAUGUCAUCUGUGUUGCAGGCGACGCCCGAGUUAUCCAAGUAA